GUGAAAAGGACUCUUGGAGAGAUUACAACUUAUCGCGUCAGUGAUACUUAAUUUAAGUCACAUGAGAACGUGAAGAGGCGACGAACUGAUCGAAAUAAGUCAGCAUUCUAUUUAACGAUGGAUUGCGUCGUGGCUAUCGUAGGAGCAGGAAUGGCAGGAUUAGGAGCCGCGAGGCAACUGAUCUCGGAAGGAUUCAAAGAUUUUCUAAUCAUAGAAGCUGGUGUUAAAGCGGGAGGAAGGGUGGAAACUCUGAAGGUCGGUCAGAGUGUAAUCGAUUUGGGCGCACAAUGGGUGCACGGAAUCGACACGGACCUCUACAACCUCGCAGAGAAACACGAUUUAAUCCAUCCCGAAACCUCGGACGAGGCUUUAGGAAUUUACAUCCGAGAGGAUGGUUACAAGUUUGACGAUUUUCUAGUCAACAGAGUCGACAUCGAAGUUGGCAAAAUUCUAACCGCAUGCGAAAACUUCGUAGACGCCGACGAAUAUCCACAUUCUGUAGGCGAUUUCUUGGAGGAGAAGUUUCAAAAGUUCGUGGAUGAAUCAGAGGAAGAUGCUAAUCUAUUAUGGCAAUUGUACGAUUGGCACGUCCGUUUUCAACUUAUAGAUAACUCUUGUGGAGAUCUCAAACGCUUAUCCGCGAAGGAAUGGGGAAAGUAUUCGUGUUUAGGAAAAGAUGGUCAAGCUCACGUCAACUUAAAAGGCGGCUAUGGGGCUUUAAUUGAAGCUUUACUUGGCGAUAUACCAAAAGAUAAGAUUUUAAUGGAUACAGCUGUUGAGAGAAUUGAUGAAACUUUUAAUGGAAUGGAAUUAUGUUGUUCGAAAGGAGUAAAGAUUAGCGCGAAACAUGUAAUAAUCACUAGUUCUUUGGGAGUGUUGCAGCGAGAAAAUGAAAUGUUGAAUUUUCAAUUACCUAAGGAGAUUAGCGAUGGUAUAGAUGCUUUGGGUUUUGGUGGAAUGGGAAAAGUGUUUUUGCUUUUCGAUGAGAAUUGGUGGAAAUGUGAUGGGUUUCAAUUGAUUUGGAAAACUCAGUUUUGCGAAGACGAUCUCUGGAUUAGGCACUUAUCUGGUUUCGAUAACGUUUUGGAUCAACCCAACAUGUUGGUAGGUUGGGUUAGCGAUCUGGGAGUAAAGGAAAUGGAGAAAACUUGUCACAUUAAAAUUGGACAACAAUGUGUCGAUUUAUUAAGGAAAUUCCUCAACAGACAAGAAAUUCCUUAUCCUAAGAAAGUUUACAAAAGCAAUUGGUCUACCAAUCGUUGGAUUCGUGGAGCUUACAGCCACACCACCCCUGAUUCCGAUAGACUAGGUGUUGGACCAUCUUCCUUAAACAUUCCCGUACAAAUCAACUCGAUUCCAAGGGUGUUAUUCGCAGGUGAAGCUGCGCACGAAAGCCAUUUCUCCACCACGCAUGGCGCUUACGAAUCCGGGCAAAAACAAGCGAAACACCUGCUCAAAUUUUUGUGAUGCAAAGCACACCUUUUACAUAUAAAUAAAGACAUUUUCAU